UGGUAUUCGGUUUUCUUGCAUCGCCUUCCCCCCUACAAGGUAUUCUUCGUUAGCUCUCUUUUGGCUAUAGAUUAUAUUGCUAUGGAUCGCCCGACAAAGGAGCAGAUCUCUGAGUUCCAGGAAGCCUUUAGCCUCUUUGACAAGGAUGGAGAUGGGUGCAUCACACUGGAAGAACUUGCCACCGUCAUCAAAUCAUUGGGCCAGAACCCUACUGAAGAUGAGUUGCAUGAAAUGAUUACAGAAAUCGAUGCAGAUGGCAAUGGAACCAUAGAAUUUGGAGAAUUUUUGAGUCUAAUGGCAAGAAAAAUGAAGGAGACUGAUGCAGAGGAGGAACUCAAAGAAGCUUUCAAGGUCUUUGACAAGGAUCAAAAUGGAUAUAUCUCAGCCAGUGAGCUAAAGAAUGUGAUGAUUAAUCUCGGGGAGAAAUUGACUGAUGAAGAGGUUGAUCAAAUGAUUAAGGAGGCAGAUGUGGAUGGUGAUGGACAAGUGAACUACGAGGAAUUUGUGCGAAUGAUGAAGGCCACCUAACUUAUAUGUUAGAUGAUGAAGAUGUUGCAUCUAAACUUCAUAUCUUUGUUUAACUGAAUAACAAUUCUUUACAUUUUACUGGCCUUUUUCUAUAUCUAAUCAUAAAUGUCGAUAUUUUUCCUCUUC